ACCGCCAAAAGCCGCACGGAAGCAACCGCAGAGCGCCACGCCUACUGUGCUACGACGCACGAGGAAGGAGCGGACGCUAACGAAAUUGCUUCCUCGGGAUUGAUUGCUCAAAAGGGACGCGCCGAAACUAUAUACGGUCUUCUGAACUUCGCUCGGUGCUGGUGGUGGUGACCCGUCCGCGGCUUGCUGUGAUCCUGGACAGUCAGGCAACCUGGAACGCCGACUUUCGUUGACGGCGCUGCGCGUACCGACGUGACUGCAUUAGUCGCCGGACUUCGCUGUUUACUGUUGCCAAGAGAAGGAAUUGAACUCCCGUGCGAACCUCCAGAGAAACCAAGAUGAAUAAGCUCGCAGCGUUGUUGGCGUCCUCCCUGUGCGUCGUCGCUGUCCAUGCGGGGCACCUCGGCCAUGGCGUCGUUCCGGCCUACGUUGCCACACAGCAGCUUUACUACAAACCACAGCCGUACGUGUUCGGCUACGAAAUGAAGGACGCCUGGGGCAACACGCAACACCGGCACGAGGUCGGCGACGAGUACAACACAAAGCGCGGCUCCUACGGAUUCACGGACGCGCACGGAAUCUACCGGCGUGUCGAGUACGUGGCCGACGAGCUCGGGUUCCGCGCCGUCAUCAAGACUAAUGAACCCGGCACGAAGACGCACCGCGCCGCGCAUGCGCAAUACCACUCGAACGCCCCUCAACACGUGGUCCACCACGGCCACCACCACAAGGAGCAGCUAGAGGUACCCGUCUACGUCGACGCGGCGCCACACCAAACCGUGAUCGUUGCUUCUGCAGGACAUGGGCUCCACGGGUACCACUAGAACAUUUUAGUGUAGCCUUAGUGUAGAACCGUUAGCGUCACCGCUGCCGCCUCCUCCGCACUACACAUGAGCGGUAAGUGCCUCGCAUUCGCAGUCGGUGGCGCAGGCGGUAAUGGCAACGGUAAUAACAGAACGGUAACGCAAUGCCGAAAGCAAGUGCGGGUCGUGUAGAGAUUUGAGAGCCCCGCUCCGCUUGCUGUCUCGAGCUUCGCCUCCGCCGAAUCCACUAUACUGUUUACAUGAUCUCUGGCUGGGAACUUUCAGCCCGAUUUCACCCCGUUAUUGUCGAGUUCAUGUAAGCAUAAUGUGUGCCACUCCGCACAUGACGUCAAGGGCUGAGGGCCGCAAACAGGGUCUUCCGGAGCGCUCGCGGCUUGAACAAGACGGUGAAAAUCGCGAGCCGUUUAAGCGCCGGCAGUGCUAAAAGCUCACUAUGUGGAUCGGCAUCUGUUGCUGUCGCGCAUGGUGUGGCUUUAAUACUUUUGGCGCAUGCGUAAUGACAGACACUUUAAUUUGGCUCCGCGAGCGCACAGGCGGCAGGACCUGACACGCUGUUCAGCGUUGAUCACGGAUAAUAUCAGGCACCUGAGCGGAGGCGCCAAUAUACGUGCAAGGUACACUGGCAAAACACGAUGCGCCAUACGCAGUGGGCUUCUCUUGGCUUUAAAGCAAGCUUUCGCUCGUGAGCAACAUUCUAAGUGCAUGGAAACGGAGAAAUUGUUUUGUUCAGUGUCCACCGAACCACUUUUCGUGAGGUUUGUUGGAAUGAAAUGCGAAGGCUGGGAGAUCUACCGAAAGCUGGAACCAUGUCCUUGGUUUCGGUCAUCACAUGUUUGUAGAUAUUGCCAAAGAUUGAUAAAUGAAUAAAGGUGUAGAAGCUUCAAGUUUAUAACUCCGUAACUCAGCAUUACGAAAACAAGAACCACAUCACAUUUAAAGUCGACACAGUAAAUAUAUUCUGCAAAUCUCUGAAAUAUGCCACUACAAUUUCAGAGAAAGAACUUUGCGCAAAUCACACAAACAUUGAUUUCUAACGAAAGUGGUAAAAUAUAUGAAUUAUAUUUCUCCACUUUAGAUAGUGUAACUGAUACCGUUUACUGAAUUGUUAUGUAUUCAUUUUAGGCACAGAUCUGCGAAUUUUUACACUUGGAGCUUCUAUUUCUUAAAUUUUAUUUUUCUCGAUCAAUUUCGAGCAUUUAACCUAAGGCCCUAAAUAAAAGAUCUGCUUCGAAGAGCAGGCAGAAUUAUAUUUGUCCCUUAAAUGCGGCAAAACUUAUUGAAAUUAGAUUGUUAAGUGGUUGUCUAAAUGGGGAAUUUCAGCAAAAUGGAAAAAGUUUGGCCUAGACACCAAGCUUCAUGUUAAGCCGAUUUCUUCUCACAGUAGGCUUCCCGAAGUAACGGCCUGGUCAACAUUCAAGGUACGUCAUAGUGCCCGUGGUGUAUGCAACUAAUCAUUUAUUAUUUUCACAUUGUAGCAUCGCGCUCUACUCUGUGAAUAACCUGAUAUAGAAACUUGCUGUGUUGUUUUUAUGGCCAUUGCCACUCGUUUAACAGUUUGGAAAACUGCACGUCUGUGGCUGUCGUUUAAAGACAGGUGGCGUCGGCGGGUGAGCACAGAUUCAAGUUCGGUAGCAGAGAAUGUGAUAAGCGCAGGAAAUAGCCCCCGUGCUCGUCUUAGUACGAGCCUGAGCGGUCUGACUAAAGCUCGCAAGAACGGGUUGCCAUCAUACAGAAAUGCUCGUGACACUGAAGCACAAUGUUUACAGUGCUGAUGAUGUUGCUGCGUGAAAGUGUGCGCGACCCAAAGACGGUGCUAGAAUUUCGAUUGCGAUGGGUGAUUCUUCUUUGUUCGAGUCAGACGUGAUUGCUACAGCGCCUCUGCAGAUCACAGGGCAAAGUUUAUUGAAGAACGCGGCUAAGUAAGUUGAAUAUAGGUCACCCGAAACAUUGCGUAUUACUAAAUUUUUUUCGAGAUUCCGGUGACAUAUUGUGGACCGCAGAAGUUGAGCUAGAACGUUAAUCUCACAACAACCAUUUAAGAUGCCCAUUCCUAUGCAUCAGCUAUCUCUUGUUCAACGCUGUUCUCUAGUACUGAUUAAAUGCUGACGUACUGUGAUGCUCUCGCUGUCUCCCAUGUCCUUUAUAACUCCUGGCGCCAUUUGCAAGCGCUGAAUAUUACUUUUGUCAUGCACCGUAGUUAUACUCAAGCACGGUAUUUUUCUACCUAUAGUCCGAACGCCGUUACGCUGUAGAAUCUUUUUGCAGAAAAGAAAUGUAUUUUACUGGGAUAGACUGGUCCCCGACGCUUAAUGAGCCGGGAAGAAUCUUUGCCUCUAAGUUUGCCCCCUUGUGCAACGAAGGACAUUGCAGAAUUGUUUUUUUUUUCUAUGCGAUUUGCGCAAAAUGUGUGUUUAUGUGCUGUUUUCUAUAUUUCUUUUUUUUUUCGUACGUGCGGAAUUUAAAACGUUUCACGCUGACAGUCCCGCUGGGCGUGUUCGGCUGUAAGAAUCAAGUUAGAAAAAUUCCGCACCCAGUUAUGGCGUGUAACGCUCUAAAUUUCGAUCUCUAAACAUGUUAACUUGGUGGAGUAUAAACUGGACAACACGGUACUCGCACAAUUUGCUGGCGGAGACAACUAUAGGUUUAAAUAUUAGACGUCUUCUUUAAACUUACUUUUGCCUUUGCAGAAGUAGACUCCCAUUCUGAAAAUCAGGUUACCUUUUGUAGAUAUAAGAAACUUCAUAUCUACGAAUAUUGUAUAUAUAAGAAACUUCUUUAACAUAUAGAAGCGAGAGUUUAGCUGUACACCUAUUUCGGUCUAGAUAAUUAUCUUGUAUUUACGCAUUCGUUCUGCGUCCUGCAAUGCUCACAAUGAGGUUGUUGUUAUGAAUCAUUUUCUUUUUACCCUCUUCUAACCACAACAAUAGCUUUUUUCACUUUACAUUCAAGAUAGCAGGCCACAUAUUUCAUUUUCGACAUAAAACAAGAGCAAGUUCUCUCUUUCUCUAUCUUACCUGAUUACUUCACUUUCGAAGCCCUGAAGUUCAUAGCAUUCGUAUGUUCUGUGAAAAAGUAAAUAAUCUUACUUUAACAAAAUGAUAAUGCAUAUAGAGUUUCGUUGCGUGAUUAUAAGGGUUGAGUUUCAUGAGCUUCAUAUACUGAACAUUCACUAUGCUAGUGAUGCAGUAUGUCCAUUUUGUUCUGUAAGCCAUCUUUCUCCCUUUUACUCUUUUGUUGAAUAGUUUUUCGUGCAAGCUGUAUUAGUAUUCUUUUCUUUUUUGGUAUGUAGAGCGGCGUCUUGCAUUGCUUACACAAUUCGUCCGUUAGCGCAGGAUAUGUUACGAUGUGGGUUUGUGCUGUCGAUUGUUAGUACUCUACGAACCCUUGAAUAAAGAUUUGGCAAAAAAGUGUCGUUUCUUGCGUGUUGCUGGCGCAUUAAUUUUUCUUCCCCCAAAAUUUGCUAACCUUAGUGUCGCUGAUACGAAAUUUU